GCUCUCAAGCUGCCAAUUGCCUUCUUAAUCUUCUCUUUUCUUCUCUUUUCUUGAUCAUCACCUGUUGAAGCAGCAGCUGAUCUUUCUCUUCUUCUAUAUUCUUUAACAUAAAUUUUAUUCAUAUAUAUAUACACUUUAAUCUUGAACUAGAAAGGAAAAUGGCUGCUUCUUCUUCAGUUCUCAGAUCAACUUUCCUCUCUACUACUACGAUCAGCUCUCAAGAUAACCAUUCUUUAAUGCGCAGACCCACCACCCAUGUGGCUGCCGGAAAGCGAAAGUUCAAUGGAGUUGUAGCUGCAUUGGAGAAUAAUGCAAGUGAUGAUAAGAAUGCUAUGGUAAUGAGAGACCAGCAAAUGAAAGAGAAAAGGACACUUAACUUUUCAGGAACUAAGCCAGCUACACCAGUUCUUGAUACCGUUAACUACCCAAUUCACAUGAACAAUCUCUCCGUGCAGGAUCUUGAGGUAUUGGCUGAUGAACUACGAGAAGAGAUAGUAUAUGUAGUUUCAAAGACUGGAGGACACUUGAGUUCAAGCUUAGGAGUUGCAGAGCUAACUGUGGCACUUCACCAUGUAUUCAACACUCCUGAUGAUAGAAUCAUUUGGGAUGUUGGGCAUCAGGCAUACCCACACAAGAUUUUGACAGGAAGGAGAUCAAAAAUGAGUUCAAUUAGACAAACAUUUGGGCUAGCAGGGUUCCCCAAGAGGGAUGAAAGUGAGCAUGAUGCAUUUGGGGCUGGACAUAGUUCUACUAGCAUUUCAGCUGGACUUGGUAUGGCAGUUGGCAGAGAUUUGGUUGGGAAGAACAAUCAUGUAAUUGCUGUUAUAGGAGAUGGUGCCAUGACAGCAGGACAAGCAUAUGAAGCAAUGAACAAUGCAGGAUAUCUUGAUUCAAAUCUCAUUAUUAUCUUAAAUGAUAAUAAGCAGGUUUCUUUGCCUACUGCUACUGUGGAUGGUCCUGCACCUCCUGUGGGUGCUCUAAGCAAGGCAUUAACAAAGUUACAAUCGAGCAGAAAGAUUCGCCAGCUCCGUGAAGCUGCAAAGGGUAUUACAAAGCAAAUUGGAGGACAAACACAUGAAAUUGCUGCUAAAGUUGAUACCUAUGUAAGAGGAAUGGCAGCUGGGUCUGGUGCUUCUUUAUUUGAAGAACUAGGACUCUACUAUAUUGGUCCAGUAGAUGGUCACAGUGUGGAGGACCUUGUAACAAUAUUAAAGAAGGUGAAGUCAUUGCCAGCACCAGGACCUGUUCUUAUCCAUGUUAUCACUGAGAAAGGGAAAGGUUAUUCUCCAGCUGAAGUUGCAGCUGAUAAGAUGCAUGGAGUUGUGAAAUUCGACCCCACUUCUGGGAAGCAGUUGAAGUCAAAAUCAAAUACAAAAUCCUACACUCAAUAUUUUGCCGAGUCUUUGAUUGCUGAAGCAGAACAAGAUGAUAAGAUUGUAGCAAUCCAUGCAGCAAUGGGAGGAGGUACAGGACUUAACCUGUUCCAAAAGCAAUUCCCAGAAAAAUGUUUUGAUGUUGGGAUUGCAGAACAGCAUGCUGUUACUUUUGCUGCUGGUCUAGCUACUGAAGGCCUCAAGCCUUUUUGUGCUAUCUACUCUUCUUUCCUACAAAGGGGUUAUGAUCAGGUGGUUCAUGAUGUAGACCUACAAAAGCUUCCUGUCAGAUUUGCAAUAGACAGGGCUGGUCUUGUUGGUGCAGAUGGUCCCACUCAUUGUGGAGCUUUUGAUGUUACUUACAUGGCUUGUUUACCUAACAUGGUAGUCAUGGCUCCUUCAGAUGAGACUGAACUUAUGCACAUGGUGGCCACAGCUGCAGCCAUUGAUGAUAGGCCCAGUUGCUUUAGGUACCCAAGAGGAAAUGGCAUUGGCACCAUUCUUCCACCAAAUAACAAAGGCACACCUUUAGAGAUUGGUAAGGGAAGAAUACUAAGAGAAGGAAGCAGAGUUGCACUCCUUGGUUAUGGAACAAUGGUACAAAGUUGCUUAGCAGCAGCUGAUCUUCUUAAGAAAUUUAACAUCACAGCAACAGUUGCUGAUGCAAGAUUCUGCAAGCCUCUUGAUGGGCAAUUGGUCAGGCAGCUAGCUCAAGAGCAUGAGAUACUCAUCACUGUUGAAGAAGGAUCAAUUGGAGGAUUUGGUUCUCAUGUAGCUAAUUUCUUGUGCUUAAAUGGAUUACUAGAUGGAAACCUAAAGUGGAGACCCAUGAUGCUUCCUGAUAGAUACAUUGACCAUGGAUCUCAAACAGACCAGAUUGAAGAGGCAGGACUCAGUUCAAAACACAUUGCAGCCACAGUUGUGUCAUUGAUAGGUGGACAAAAAGACAGCCUUCAUCUUCUUAAUUUAUAAGUGGAAGUUGAUUUAUUUUAAUUUCUUUGGACAAGAACAGAUCAUAUAAUAUAAAUGAACUGUCAAGAAAACACUAUCAAAGUGUAAAGCUUCUACAGAAUGAGGAUGAAGCUGAUUAGCAAUGUGUCCUCUUUCUUUAAUUUACUCUGUAUAAUUUUUUUAAUGUAGCAAGGAGGAAAGGAUCCUCCUCUUUGCCAAAUAAAUCAAGAUUGUACUGCAAUUUAAUAGCAUUAUAUAUUAACUGGAUUCUAUUAUUUAAUCCAAUUUCAAACAA